AUGAUUGAGACAGUACCUGCAGCAUCUGUACUGGUCCUAGGACUGGUGAUUCUACUCCCAGUCCUCCUCUUUCUCUUUCCUCAACUAAAAGCAUGGAUCCAUAAAUCAUCGUUGGCAAGCUUGCUGCCUCACCUGCGUCUCUGGAAUCGACGCCCCAAACAAUCCAGUGAGAUUAUAUCACUGCGCAUGUACCCAAUUAAGUCCUGCCGUGGCUUUGAAGUGCAGCAAACCACCCUCAAAGAGCAUGGACUUGACCUCGACCGGCGCUGGAUGCUCGUCGACGCCUCAACAAACGAAUUCCUGACCAUCCGCCAAAUCCCCAACAUGACCCGCAUUAGGACCGGGCUCAGCGCAGAUGGUGAGGAUCUGAUCGUGACAAUUCCAAGUCCAACUUCAGAAUCGACUCAUCAAUCCGACACUGGCCCUGAUUCCACCAAAAUAGUUCGCAUUCCAGCCCACCCCACUCAAGAAUGGCUACAGACCCACACCACCAUAGCUCCCGUCAAAAUCUGGGACAAUGACACAGAUGGAUACAUUUACAGCGAUGAAAUCAAUGCCCCGUUCUCGGCCUUUAUGGGCCGCCCCGUCGCACUAGCCUACAAGGGUCCAACGCCUCGUAAUCUCAAAGGCAAUGGCGCACCCAGCCUACUAGGCCGUAUCCAAUCAACCGGGUUCCCAGACGUUUUCCCAAUCCUCAUCGCAUCAGAAGCCUCUCUUGCUGAAUUGAACACUCGUCUUAGCCUCAAAGGCGAGGAACCCAUCACCGUCGAACGAUUCCGACCGAAUAUAGUUGUCCGAGGAGAAACAGCCUGGAGCGAAGAUUCCUGGAAAUUAGUCCGGAUCACAGCUGGAAAUGGACAAGCCGACAAGACGGUGACCCAGACACCGCUGGAUUUGGAUAUCGUGGCGCGUUGCGCAAGAUGUCAGGUCCCGAAUGUGGAUCCUGAGUCGGCGAAUAAGCAUAAGAAGCAGCCGUGGGAUACACUCGUUUCGUAUCGCAGAGUUGAUGCAGGGAUCAAGUAUAAGCCUUGUUUUGGAAUGUUGAGUGCACCGCGGCAUGAGGGAAUUGUUGAGGUUGGGAUGCGGUUAGAGGUCUUGGAGGAGACGACUGAACAUCGGUAUAUUACUGGAUUCUAG